AUGAGCAUCAAUCCCACUACCGCCCACCCCAGCCCCCUACCCCUACCGCCCACCCCAGCCCCCUACCACUACCGCCAACCCCAGCCCCCUACCCCUACCGCCCACCCCAGCCCCCUACCACUACCGCCAACCCCAGCCCCCUACUCCUACCGCCCACCCCAGCCCCCUACCCCUACCGCCCACCCAAGCCCCCUACCACUACCGCCCACCCCAGCCCCCUACCCCUACCCCUACCGCCCACCCAAGCCCCCUACCACUACCGCCCACCCCAGCCCCCUACCCCUACCACUACCGCCAACCCCAGCCCCCUACUCCUACCGCCCACCCCAGCCCCCUACCCCUACCCCUACCGCCCACCCAAGCCCCCUACCACUACCGCCCACCCCAGCCCCCUACCCCUACCCCUACCGCCCACCGCAGCCCCCUACCACUAAGGCCCACCCCAGCCCCCUACCACUACCGCCCACCCUAGCCCCCCUUCCCCUACCGCCCACCCCAGCCCCCUACCACUACCGCCCUACCACCCACCCCAGCCCCAAACCCCUACCCAUACCGCCCACCCCAACCCCCUACCACUACCGCCCACCCCAACCCCCUACCACUACCGCCCACCCACGCCCCCUACCCCAACCCCCUACCCCCUACCCCUACCGCCCAUCCCAACCCCCUACCCCUACCGCCCACCCCAGCCCCCCAACACCUAUUACUACCGCCCACCCCAGCCCCCUACCACUACCGCCCACCCCAGCCCCCCAACACCUACCGCUACCGCCCACCCCUGCCCCCCAACACCUACCACUACCGCCCACCCCAACCCCCUACCCCAAAAAUAUCAAUUGGUCGCCCCCUUAUGCCAGCUAUGCCAGCUAUGCCAGCUAUGCGUUUGAAAUAUAA